GUAGUAUGAAUUUUCUUUUAUGAGUUGGGUGGCAAGUUUUGUUCGUUUAUGGCACUUGAUUUGUUGGCAAUGAAGUUAUGACUGUUAUCGAAUUAAACCGUGGUCUUGAAGAAAAGUUUGAUUUGUUUUGUUCCGCUACAACUUUUGAGAGCAUAUUGGCAUAUUUUUAUGAAUUAUGUGAUGGCCUAGUUUCAAAACCAACCAAGCAAUCUUGGAAUAUUUUCCAUGAGUUGAAUACAAACCUUAAGUCAUACUGGAAAGCUGCUGCAUUGUUUUCAAAGUUGGAAAAACGUGUUAAGAUGAAACAAUAUCAUCAUCAAACAGUAUGUCGAGAUUUGAAUGUGCUUGUUAUUGGAUGUGGACCAUGUGGCAUGAGAUGUGCAAUUGAAUUAGCCUUACUCGGUGCUCGAGUGAUAAUCAUUGAGAAACGACACACAUUCUCUAGGAAUAAUGUACUUCAUUUAUGGCCUUAUCUAAUUGAAGAUUUAAAAGCAUUGGGUGCUAAAACAUUUUUUGGAAAAUUCUGUGCCGGUUCAAUUGAUCAUAUCAGUAUUCGAACACUUCAGUGCAUUCUACUGAAAGCUGCUCUAUUAUUUGGUGUACAAGUAUUUCCUGGUAUCGCCUAUACAUCACUAAUUGAACCAAGUUCCAGUAAAGAUUCAAUUUCCUUUCACGAUACAAAAUUGAAUGUUCCUCCCUCACAGUACCCAAAAUCAUUGUGUGUUUCUGCUCGGAAUGGUUCAUUAGGUUAUGAUGAUAAUGAUGAUGACAUAAAUUUUGUAAACAACAGUCGUAUUGCCAGUGAUACUACUACCGCCAUUUCAGCUAAUACUUCAAAUGGUCGUCACCACCGUAAGGAAGCUUUCAUACAGCAGCAUACAAACGGUGAUAAAGAAAAUAAAGAAUAUUGGCAUGAAAAAGUUAGGCGAUAUGGUUGGCGGGCGAAACUAAAACCUGAGAUACAAGUGUUGAAAAAUUUUUAUUUUGAUGUUUUAAUCGGAGCAGAUGGUAAACGCAGUUGUCUUGGUUUCCCCUGUAAAGAAUUACGAUGUCGUUUAGCUAUCGCAAUAACAGCGAAUUUCAUCAAUUAUCACACUCCAGCUGAAGCUCAAGUUGAAGAGAUAAGCGGCGUAGCUCGUAUAUUCAACCAGUCAUUUUUCUCUCGUCUUGCCUCAGAAACUGGAAUUGACUUAGAAAAUAUUGUUUAUUAUAAAGAUGAAACGCAUUAUUUUGUUAUGACAGCAAAAAAGCAUAGUUUACUGGCAAAAGGUGUAUUGAAACAAGAUCGAGAUGAUUCAGUUAGUCUACUAAGUAAAGAUAAUGUGGACAAAAAAGCUUUACAAGCAUAUGCAAGAGAAACAGCGUCUUAUGUUACAAACGGUGCCCUGACACGCUUAGAUUUUGCUUUGAAUUCACGUGGUGAACCAGAUGUGGAUGCAUUCGAUUUCACACGGAUGUUUGCUGCUGAACAUUCAUGCAAUAUACUUGAAAAGAAUCAUUGUCUUUUAUUACAAUGUCUUAUUGGUGAUGGACUGUAUGAAGUAUAUCAACGAUACCUAAAGUUAACUAUCUUCAAUGUGAAUCUCAUGUCUCUAAUAGUGUAUGGUUUCUGCAUCAGUGUUUGAACUGCCAUUGAAUUGAUACUGGCGACUACCAGAUUCAUUUGUUCAAGUCAAUAAUUAAUUACAAUGACAUUAUUUGCAUGGAGGCAAUCGACAGAAAGCUCUCGACCCAGGAUUUAUUUUUGUUCUCAUUCGUCAACAGUGCGUAUCUGCAACCUUGAGGGAACUGAUUUCCUUUCUGAGAUUCAAAAUCAGGUAACGACGUUACUAUUGAAGUAUUUGGGACGUGGUCGAUCUUCUACAGGGCUGAAUUCAGUACAUUCAUUGGUCCCUCGUGAGUAACCAAUAUCAUGUUAUCUAGUCGUAAAUGCUGAUAGUGUUCUGUCGAUCAUUUUGCUAUAUGGCCAUCAAGCUAAGAGACUCACCAUCAUGAUGUCGGAUGCAGGCAUUUAACAGUAAACCCUGAACCUAUUCUCCUGUAAAUAAUAUGGUUUCAUUGUGUAAUGCAUGUGAUAAACAACCUAGGUUGAUUUUAUACUACAGUGUUUAUCAUGUUUAUGAUAUCGUGAAACAGUUAGUUUGCCUUCUUGGAUGUCAGAAUUACACAUUUCAAUGUAGGUAAAUUCCCUCCAUUAAUGGAUGACUGUAACUGGUCUUCAAUUUUGAUUGAAUAUGCGAAUAACAAUAAUUCAAUCUGCAAUUCCAUAUUAGAUAUGAAAUGAUCAAAUGGUCAGGUUAUUCAUAUCUGUUAGGGUAUAACGUAAUUUCAUUCCGUUUUAAUUUGUAUGCAUAGUUUUCAAUAGAACAACUGUUAUUUGGCAAUUUUGUUUUCUCAGUACUAUAGUGGUGUUUUUAUAUCUCUUUUGAAAAGCAUUGCACUUUUAUCUAUCCAACAAAAUUCCUCACAUUACUGACAUUUAUUUGAAAAAACCUGCAUUUUGUUUUCUUCAGUCAGUGUUUAUAUUGUCUUAUUUGCACAAAGUAACCAUCAUCUACGCUAAUCGCUCAUUCAAUUAACUUUCUUUCUCUGAUUGGUUUCUGCGUUAGAUAUUGUUUCGUUGUAUUCUUUGGUGACAUUCCAUUUUUUGGAGAGAGAAGGUGAAAUUCCAAAGAUUGUUUCAUUUUCACUCUCGAUUUUCGCGUUUUGCCAGUGUAUCUUUUAAGAAAUUUAUGGAUGUGCGUUCUAUAGUUUGUAUAAAUACUGACUUGAUUGUUUUCGAACAGUUCACGUUUUGAUUCCCCCUUUUGUCCUUUCAUUUCUUCUCUCACAAGAAAUAAAUUCUUUAAUGAUUUCGAUGAGUU